AUGGACGUGAAACCAGAUAUAAAGCCGAAGACCAUUGCGCCAGGCGCUCCACUUACAAUAAUAGUGCGCUCUCAACAGCAUGGUGAGCUGGCGUUCAAGAUCAAGUCCAGUGCUCCGUUCUACAAGGUCGCCAAUGCGUACUGCAAGACCAAGGGCAUCAACCCGAGCAGUGUGCGGUUCCACUCGGACGGGGUUAGGCUGGUGAAUGACAAGACGAUUGCUGAGUUGGAGCUGGAGCCGGAGGAGGAUGAGGACGGUUUAAAGGUAUACAUCGAUGCGUUUUUGGAACAGGUCGGCGGCGAUGGUGGUCGUUGUAGUAAGUACUAA